CCUUCCGGAGACGACCGAAGGCUGCCAUAUUAGAGUUGAAAUGGGAUCGAGUCGUGUUCCUCCGACCGGAUUUCCAUUGCACUGUCGGACUCGAGCGAGGAAGGGUUGCAGAUUUGCAGACGUUGAGUUUCAAGUCCGAAGGCACAUAGCAGGGAAAACCCGCUGCUUGAUGAGUUAUGCACGCUCCGUGAAGGCUGCUGGUCGGAGAUAAACGGAGCUAGGAAACGGGAGAAAAAGUUUCAGAGGAACAGAUGAAAUAAUACAGCUGUGUACCCCAUGGCCGCACACCCAGGAGAGACGGGGUUUGAAAGUGAGCCAGAGACUGGGGGGGACGGGAGAUGCAAACAGCCAGCCGAACCCGGGUCCGAAGAGGAGAGGCUUCCGGCUGAGCCCGGUUUGGAGACGGGAACUGCGGCAGCCCGGGUCUAUCUCUGCGGCUCCACUCCUCUGCUGUGGAGGGCAGCCGACGUCCGGGGGGCCCGGGAGCGGGCGGGCGUGGUGGGCACGCUCAUCGGAUCCCUGGCCCGCCAGCCCCGCCAGAACCUCCGCUUGGGCCGGCCGGCCCAGCUGCUGCCGGAGGAGGCCCGCCUGCUGAGGGACACAGGCCGCGCCGUGCUGGUCACCGCAGCUCCGCCGGAGGCUGAAGAUGGCGUGAGGGCAGAGGAGGUGGAGAGAUACCGAGAGAGGCUGCAGCACAGCUUCCUGGAGCAGAAGAAGAUCGCCCUGGAGGACAGGAAGCAGGUGUUGCAGAGAGUGAUGAACCAGAAACAGAAGGACGGGGCCGCCGCCGGCGCGGAGCAGCCACUCAGGGAUCGGCUGAGCUCCCUGGAGAGCUCCUUCACGUUCCCCGAGGCGGCGACGGCGGUGCAGCUGUGCACCGCCAGGGCGCGACUCGGGUACGAGCCGGAGGAGCGCCUCCUGAUGCCCGCCGACUGGCCCCAGCCGCGCGACGAGAGAACGGAAGCGCGGUAUCGGGUGUACCGGGACCUGCGGCGGCGGGGCUACUACGUCACGCCCGCCGGCAAAUUUGGAGGAGACUACCUCGUCUAUCCAGGGGACCCCCUGCGCUUCCACGCUCACUUCAUCGCCGUGUGUCUUCCCCCGGAGGCCGGGACGCCGCUCAGCGACCUCCUGGCUCUGUCUCGGCUGGGCUCCAACGUCAAGAAGACCGUGUUGCUGUGCUCCCCGGGCGAGAGCGGCGGGGUCGUCUACACCUCCCUGCAGUGGAGCGGCAUGGUCUAGGCGAGGGGGCGGCGGCGGUGAGGAGGAGGGGGCUCCUGUGGGGCGCGGGGGGACGCCCCGGGGUCCCGCCGAUGACGAGGGUGCUGUUGGAAAGUGUGCACAGGCUGGCCUUUCAGCUGACCUUCCUCCCUGCCAGCACUGCGCCGUUCCCGUGCCCGUCUCACAGAUGUGCCUUUCUGCCUUCGGAGUCGGCUUUCUUCUUUUAACCUGGACGAACCUCAAGCCUGCUUGGACGGAGUUCUGCGCCUUUGCUACUUGCACAGCUGGAGUAAUAAAAAUCCAGUGGUCAGGAGGGGGUAUCGUUCUGUAUGGAUAAAGACAAUAAAUGACUUUUUUUAAGGGAAA